ACACCGUUUGCUCUAGGUACCCAAACACAUUGUUAAAAGCCGUCUGAUAACGCUCAUGAAUUAGCACUUUGUUUAUCUGAAGCUUGAAAGGCAUAGUGAGCAGUGAGCAUCUGCUUCCCACAGGAUCUUUUCUUCUGCUGGUUGAUCUGAAUAGAGCGCUGUUGCCAUGACAACAGAUGAGGCGGAGAGUCACCAGAAGAAGCCGAGGCAGCAGGAGGAAGCUGGCCAGGACCCCAGGCCGCCCUCACCGGAGGAGGAGCACCUCCGGCCUCGCAACCGCAACUCUGCCAGCCGUGGCCUUUCUCGCCUCUUCUCCUCCUUUUUAAAGAGACGCUCACAGUGUGAGAGUGAGGUGGGAGAGAAGGAGGACAAGGAAGAAGAAGAAGCUAAAGCCCCCAUUGCAGACCCAGAACCUGAACUGAGGACCGAGGGAGAGGUCGCUUUGGAUCAGCACUCAGUGAGCAGUGCUGAGGCUCAGGCUGUCCAGGUAGAGAAGAAAGAAGCUGAGGAGAGGGAGGGUGGAAAGGACGAAGAGAACAACAAGGAGAAAGGAGAGGAGGCUGCCCUGGAGAAGGACAAGGUGGAGGAGAAGGAGAAGGAGAAGGAGGAGGAGAAGAAGUGUGGUCCUGAAGGAGGCAGUAAAAGAGAGGAGGAAGAGAAGACCACAGAGGAGGAGGAGGCCAAAACUCCCAGAGCUCCACGCCGACCCAAAACCAUGGAGAUCAAAGUCACCCUGCUGGAUGACACUCUCUAUGAGUGUGAGCUGGAUAAACAUGCUAAAGGCCAGGAGCUGUUCAUUAAGGUGUGUGACCACCUUAACCUGCUGGAGAAGGACUACUAUGGCCUGGUCAUCUGGGAGACGCCCACCAUGAAGACUUGGAUGGACCUAACCAAGGAGAUCCGUAGGCAGGCUCAAGGUGCCAAUUAUAAUUUCACAUUCAAUGUGAAAUUUUAUCCACCUGACCCAGCCCAGCUCUCUGAAGACAUAACAAGGUACUACCUGUGUCUCCAGCUGCGGAAGGACAUCCUUCAGGGCCGCCUUCCCUGUUCCUUUGUCACCCUGUCCCUGCUGGGCUCCUACGCCCUGCAGUCAGAGCUAGGCGAGUAUGACCCAGAGGUGCAUGGCGAAGAUUACGCUAAAGAUAUGAAAAUGGCCCAGGGUCAGACCAAGGAACUGGAGGACAAAAUGAUGGAGCUACACCAUACAUACAGGUCAAUGAGUCCAGCCCAGGCAGACCUGAUGUUCCUGGAGAAUGCCAAGAAACUCUCCAUGUACGGAGUGGACCUCCACCAGGCCAAGGAUCUCGAUGGUGUCGACAUCAUGCUGGGGGUUUGCUCUAGUGGCCUGAUGGUUUACAAGGACAAACUGAGGAUCAACCGUUUCCCCUGGCCCAAAGUCCUCAAGGUCUCGUACAAACGCAGCAGCUUCUUUAUCAAAAUAAGACCAUCCGAGGUGGAACAGUAUGAGAGUGCAAUUGGCUUUAAACUGCCCAAUUACAAGGCAGCCAAGAAGCUUUGGAAAGUGUGUGUAGAACAUCACACUUUUUUCAGGCUGACCUCCACUGAGAUGGCGACCACUCCUAGGAAGUUCCUGGCAUUGGGCUCUAAGUUUCGCUACAGUGGUCGGACUCAGGCUCAGACCAGACAGGCAAGCUCUCUGAUCGACAGGCCAGCUCCUCUGUUCCAGCGCUCCUCCAGCAAGAGAAACUCACGCAGCCUGGAUGGAGCCAUGGCAUCUACUCCUGACAACAAAUCCACUCGUCCGGUCAGUGCCCCCGUGAUGUCACCAGUGUCUCCCGGGGAGGCAACUCCUUCACCUCUGCUACCCACCUUGGCUCGCUCUAACCACCGUGAUGGCUCCACACCCAGAGGCCACCGCUCUGCAGACAGGAAGACAGAGGUAAAGGCAGAGAGUCAGCCAGCUGAGCUUACGAAGAGCCACAGCCCCAGACCCACUCCACAGAUCAAGACAGUGGCCAGGAGAGAGCGGAGGCAUUCCCCCUCUGUAACCACUGCCAAUGGAGAAAGAGAGAAAAAAAGCCAGCACUCUCCUCAGGAUAAAACAAAGACGGAGGUGGUGCGAGUGAGGAAGAAAAGAGCAAAGAAACUUGAGGGUGAAACUAUUUAUAUCAGACAUAGCAAUUUAAUGUUGGAGGACCUGGAUAAGACCCAGACUGAGAUCAUGCGUCACCACACUAGCAUCAGCGAGCUGAAGAGGAGUUUUAUGGAGUCUGUACCGGAGCCUCGACCCAGUGAGUGGGACAAGCGUCUGUCCACCAACUCCCCCUUUCGCACAGCGAGCAUCAAUGGCCAGCUGCAACCAGCGUCUCCUGUGCUUAAGACCCAGACAAUCACCAUCUCAGACAUCACCAACUCCCUCCAAGGAAGUGUGACCUACAAGGACAUCCCCUUGGUUCACACUGAGACCAAGACCAUCACGUACGAGUCAGCACAGCCAGUGGACAGCCUGGCAGAGAGGGAGUCAGGAGUGCUGCUGAGUGCCCAGACCAUCACCUCAGAGACCAUCAGCACCACCACCACCACCCAGAUCACCAAGACAGUGAAAGGAGGGAUCUCUGAGACUCGCAUUGAGAAGAGAAUCGUCAUCACUGGAGACACUGAAAUUGAUCACGACAAGGCUUUGGCUCAGGCCAUUAAAGAGGCAAAAGAGCAGCACCCAGACAUGUCUGUUACCAAAGUGGUUGUGCACCAGGAGACAGAGAUCAGCCCAGAGUAAGACACAGUGAUCAUUUGGAAGACCUCUUAACCCCCCAACCCCCCAACCCCCCACCCCACCCCACCAUUGUGUCUCCAUUACACCAUUUUACAGCAACACCCCCAGCCAUCACACUCAACUGACAUGAACCACGAGACCACAUCAGAGGGAACAAGCUUCAAUGAACUUAAACCUCCAUCACUGGGGCUUUGGCCUGAAGGAGACGGAGUUGUCAGAAACUUCCCAAGAACCCUCCCCGUAUUCCCCACAAUCCCCUCUCACUUAAGAUCAACUGCUGGACUGAUGAGAAAAAAAAAACAAAAACCUUUUUUAAAGAGAAAAAAGAAAAUCAAGUACAGUAUUUAUGGAUUUAUUCCUCUCCAAUUUGUCUGGAGGGUUGAAGAAAAUUUCAAGGGCAUUUGGUCUUUUAAUCUGGAGAUUACUGGUAUUUUAUUUUUCUACAGCUUUUCUUACCAUCAGAAUUGGUUAUCAAUAACUUGGAGGUCAAGUGUUUUUUAACAGUAUGUUCCAAACAGCAUUAACAAAGGGAUUGUGGGUGAUUUUUCCUGGGAUUGUAUACGUUAUGACUUGAUGGUCCCUCUCAAAUUUUGGUGUAAGUUUGUUGUCAUUUCUUGUACAGUGAAUAUUUUAUUUUCCCUCUCAAUGUGAAAAAAAAAUAUUUUUUCAAUUCAUGUAUAAAAAAAAAAGAUUGAUUUUAUCAAACCACUGAGGCAAUUACUCCUCUCACCUUAUUUAAAGUUGUGACUUAAUGAUUUGUUGGGUGAUCUUUCCAUCUUUUGAUUGUUUUAGUUGUUCUUGUUGUUCUUGUUGUUGUAGUGCUUGUGUCACUAGAACAGGGCUUUAUCAGGACCAAGGAAAGAGACAGUAAUUUACUGAAAUGACCUUUAUUUUAUUUAUUCCCACCUCUGUCUUAUUUUUAUGUGUUUAUGUUUUAGAUCCCCUCUGCACAGUUUGUCAGUUAGUUAUUUCUACUGAGCAUGACAAUAGCACCCACAGUACUUCUGUAUACGUUUCACAUUUUGACUUUUCUACCAAAUGGGCAGUGUGUACUCAUCCAGAGAGAGGGAACUCAAAUGAAAGUGAUCACAAACAAGUGUAUCGUCUGCCUAAUUGCUAUUGAAGCAGUUGAAAAGUGAAGACAAGCAUAGGAUGAUAAUUGCCUCAUUAAACUGCAGAAGCUUUAUUGGCAUCUUGCUCCAUCCAAGCAUUUACAUUCAUGCUUGUUAUUUGAUUAUUACCUGACCAAGGUAAUACUCCAAUUUUUGCAACUGUCACACCAACACAGUAACAGCGGUUUUCCUUUUUCUUGUUUGCUUUUGAAAAUUUGGGGUCGUAGUUGUCAUUUUUCAGAGUCCUAGGAACUGAACUCAGGAUUAAGCUCAGAAGUCAAAGUUAACACUCAGACACUUGCUGUCAGUGUGAUUGUCAUGAGUUAAAACCUUUUGGCUGCUGUUUAUUCGACACGAUCUUGCUACGACGUUGUCAUAUAUUGAUGUUUGGUCAUGGACUUUCCAAGGUGAGAUAUGACAUGCAAGGUACCCUGGGUGCAUUGGUUGGUAACGUUCUGGGAUGCCGUGUCAAGUUCUGUUUCUUAUAUGCAUUGUCUGUUUUCAAAAUACAGUUCUGUUUUCACAGGAAAUGUACAGUUUGCGUACAGUCUCUUUCAAAAUAAACACACUACGUCUGUACCACAAA